CACGGACCGCCGACGCUUCACAAAUCCAAACAAUUCUGUCAGUGACUUUAUCGUUUGUAAAAUAGUAUUAAUAGUAAUAAUAGUAACAACAACAACAACAACAACAUCAGCCACAGCAGCAACUUCGACAAUUGUAUUUCGGUUUCUAAACGCAUUGUAUUAUAAUAACUUUGAUUAUAAUCUCGAAGAAAAAUACGAUCCAACGCGAUAUCUUAACAUACAACUCCGUCUUAGUGUCGUUACAUCGCAUAACAGGUGUCCAGCCCGGUGCGGGCUAGCUACGCUACAGAAUCAGCAGACUCGGCAGCACCGCGUUUGGACUGCAUGCUCGGCAGCCUCACAGCCGAGAUGAACAGACAAGGUGUGAACACUACUCAGAAGGGAUGCUGCACGGCGUGCGACAAGGCUAUCGUCGGGCAGGUGAUCACGGCGCUGGGCAAGACUUGGCACCCGGAACACUUCACGUGCAACCACUGUUCCCAGGAGCUGGGCACGCGCAAUUUUUUCGAGCGCGAGGGACGGCCGUACUGCGAACCGGAUUAUCACAACCUGUUCUCGCCCAGAUGCGCUUACUGCAACGGACCCAUACUCGACAAAUGCGUGACGGCCCUGGAGAAGACCUGGCACACCGAACACUUUUUCUGUGCCCAGUGCGGCAAACAGUUCGGCGAGGAAGGAUUCCACGAGCGCGAAGGCCGCCCUUACUGUCGAGACGAUUACUUCGACAUGUUCGCGCCCAAGUGCGGAGGGUGCACCAAGCCCAUAAUGGAGAACUACGUGUCUGCCCUGUCCACCCAAUGGCAUUCCAGCUGUUUCGUCUGCCGGGACUGCCGUAUGCCGUUCGUCAGUGGUCAGUUCUUCGACCACGAGAGCCAGCCCUACUGCGAGACGCACUACCAUGCCAAGCGUGGGUCGCUGUGCGCCGGAUGUCACAAGCCGAUUGCCGGCCGUUGCAUAACGGCCAUGUUCAAGAAGUUCCAUCCGGAGCAUUUCGUGUGCGCCUUUUGCCUGAAACAGCUCAAUAAAGGAACGUUCAAAGAACAAAACGAGAAACCGUACUGUCAUUCGUGUUUCGAGAAGCUGUUCGGAUAGACCGGCGCAGGCGAUGCAUGACACCGUCUCAUUUUAAUAUGAUGAUGAUUGACGACGACGGAUCGAUAUAAUUAUUGUAUCGUAAUGAUAAUAUUGUAAUAUGAUCAUGCGUAAUACGAUACGAUCACGCCGCCGUCGGUUUUAUAGAGCAAUAAAUAACAUGUGUAUUUUGUACGACCUACAAAUUUACCCAACCUCGUUAAAAUUUUCGUUUACUAUCAUGACAUAACCACCUCCUUGUAAUUUAUCAUAUGUUUUGAACUCCGUCAUCUCUCAUGAAAUAGCCAUUACCUAUGCCUUAUAACAUAUUUGUUUUUCUUUACUAACACGAUUUAUAUACUUGUAUUAUUAUUAUUAUUAUUAUUAUUAUGAUUAUUAUGAUU